CGUGUGAAAAUGGAGAUGCCCGAAUCUCCAACCCACCCUUGUGAUUUAUACUGUAUGCCCUUUUAUCGGUAAAACUCUAUCAAUUUGGUAUAUGUGUUGUUUUUCUCGUUGCUGUUUAUGUUUCUUGUUACUGUGCUCUGCUUUUUCUGCUGCUUACAGUUAUUUAGACAUUAUGGUACAGUUGGGUUUUUUUUGGGUGGCUCAUGAAACGAGGUUGAGGUCCUUCCGUUUUCUGUUGGGGUCCUCCCUCCCCCAUCUCUUUCAACCUUAUUGUAUAUUUGUAGUACUCUUUUUUGCCUUCCACGUCGAGCUAAAAAGGGCCUGCUCGUAUUGCAUUAUGGAGGUGGCAUUCAAUCUCUGAAACCCAUCUUUUGGACACUUCUGUUUUUCAGAAUUUCAGUUUCUUUUCUUUCUAUACUGCCACCCUUCACUCCUUCACCCCCUCUGUCUCUCUAAUUUACUAUCCCCCUCCCACAUUGUUCUCCUCUCCAGUUUUUGCACCCUAAAGAAUUACUACUCCCUCUCUCUCUCUCUCUCUCUCUCUCUGAGAAAAUGGGCAGCUCUGAAAAUUGCAUUUUCCAUCACAGAAAUAGACACCUACUCAUUUCUUUGCUCUCUGUUCUUUUGGUUUCAAGCUUAAACCAAGCGAGAUUCAUGGCUGAAGGUAGAGCCAUUCCCAAGUUAGUUGAGGCUGUCCAAAAAGGGAUAGAAGAGAAGAAAGUGGGGCGGAUGGUGAGAACCCAGAUAGGAUCAAGGCCACCAAGGUGCGAGAGAAGGUGCGGCUCAUGCGGGCACUGCGAGGCAGUUCAGGUCCCCGUUGCGGCGCAAGCGAAAAUCGAGAGGAGAAGCCAUUUCUCUGCGGCAAUUGCGUACUCCAGAGGGGAUGGCAUCUCCAACUACAAGCCCAUGUGCUGGAAGUGCAAGUGUGGGGACUUCAUUUUCAAUCCUUGAUUUAAUUCGUAAAUAAUAUAUAUGACUUCAAUCCGUUGGUUGGAUUGCAGAGUA